GAGUUGUUCCGUCUCGGCCUCGGCGGUCUGGUCCGGUACUCCCUCCGGUCUGGUCUACUCGAGGCCGAGCCACCACUUGACGCCUUCGCCAUGCGCCAAAACCUUCCAUUUAUGGAGGGGUUUGCACAUCGCUCCGCAUGUGUCCAUGUCCGGGCCUCGCUUCGCAACAUGUGGCGGCGUUCCCGGCCCGCCACUGUGCUGGAAAACGACAGCUUUUCCCCUCCCUCCCGCGCAGUCCACCACCACCAUCUCUACUUAAUUACUGCCCUCCGUUUACUCGCCAGCCAGCCAGCCCGCUGCUGCCCUCGAGACCCGACGGCGAAUUGCGCGGUGAUGCGGUGACGCCAUGGCCGUCUGGCCUGUGGUUUCACUUCAGUUGUUCUUGAGCUCACGGCUCGCUCCUACUCCCUGUCAUGGACAGGCUGAAGCGGCGGAAGCAUGAGGGAUUGACCGCCGGGGGUCGUCGCGGCGGCGCUGGCGGUGGCGCGAUGGCGGCGAGCCGGCGCGGGCGGUUCUACCACCACGACGGGCACGGCGGUGGCGGCGACGGGUGCGGGCCGGCAGCCGCGGGCGUCCCGGUGGUGGACCAGGCGGACUGCACGGCGCAGACGUGCCGGUCCUGCGUGGCGGUGACGCUGGCGGACGUCAUCGCGCUCGGGUGCUGCCCGUGCGCCGUGGUCAGCCUUCUGGGGCUGGCCUUCGUCAAGGCCCCGCUCGCCGUGGCGCGCCGCUGCCUGCGGCGGCUGCGGCGGCGCCACGGCGAGCUGCGGCACAAGAAGCGGGUGCGCGACAUGGACCCCGCCGCCAAGGCCAAAUGCCGCGCCGCCGCGGCUGUCGGCCACUCCCACGGGGCGCUGGAGGUGCUGGACGCCGACGCCGCGGCGAAAGGAGCGCUUGGCUUGGAGGCGGACGCUCGCGGCGAGGCGGCCACGCGGGCGAGAGCGAGCAACUCGUCGUCAGGCAGGCUCGACGCGGAGAAGGUGUGGAUGGAGAUGUACCGGGUGGGGCACUGGGGAUUCGGCCGCCUGUCAAUCUCCGUGACCCCGCCCACGCCCGUGAGGCCCGGCGGCGUGGCCACGGCCCGCAGCGCCGACGGCGGCGACGGCGGGAGAAAGGACGCGGACCUGCGGUGCGAGUCGUGACCGGCGAAGCCGUCCUGCACUCCGCUGCGCCCGCGUUCGUUCGUUCGUCCUCCCUGAAAGGUUCGUCGCCGCACGAGCACGGCGGCAGCUACUGCUGGCGCACGCCGCGGCGGCAAUGCCGGGAGCUUGGGGAGCAGAUCCUCUGAGUCCGCACGGUAAACUCAAGAGUCCAUGGUCCGUGACCGUGCCUCCGAGCGGAAUCAAUAGGCCGGCCGAGGAUGCUCGGAAGAACCGCCAUGACCGGAGCCGGGCAUGGGGAUCGCUGCUUGAUUCGCGGCCUUGGCGGCAAGCCGUCGCGUCGCGAGUGCCGCGCAGCCCCGAGCAGAAACAAUUCCAGAGCACAGCGGCAAACCCGGAGGGCCUGCCUUCUUCUGCAGCUCUGCUCGUCUCCAAGUGGCUCUCUGUUCCGUCCAUUUCUUCUUACAUAAUUUCUGGGAGCUCCGGCUGUAUUUUUCCAAGCUGUACAUAAUUUUAUCGGCCGAGUUCUCCGGGUUGCUGGUUUUUGGCGGUCUCUGUACAUACUUGUUUUUCCCCCAGAAAUAUUGUACAUCCUUGGCUCGAA